UUAAAGAUCGCAACACUUGUGGAGAAGUUGAAGCGGAUAUUAGGGAAGAGAGAGGAAGAGAAAUAGGAUAGAGAGAGAAGAGAUAGUGAGAGAAACAGAGGCCAUUAAAGCUUCGUAGGAUUGAAAGAGCGAUUUUGAGAGGAAUCCGAGGUCUCCUUGAGCUUCUCUCUCCUCCUUGUAAUCUGAGGGACGAACGGAUCGAUUUGGCUUUUGCUGUGGAUCUUAAUAGAGGACCGCCGAUUUCUCUGGCAGUUCAUCGGAUCUAGGGAUUCGGGAGGAGGGAAGAGCUCACGGGGCCAGGUCUUUGGAGUUUGGAUCCAUAUCCUUGCAUGCUCGUUUAGAAGGUUGACAAUGGCGUCUGCGUUUCCAGGGCAGGUCAGUGCCGCUCAGGUUGGGUCUUUUUUUCUGGGGCAGUACUAUCCUUUUCUUCAACAAACGCCAAAUUUGGUUCACCAGUUCUAUACAAAUACGAGCACCAUGAUACGAUAUAAUGGUGAUGCCAGCGAGAAGGCUUCAGGGAUGGCGGAAAUUCAUAAUCUCAUUGUCCAGCUGAAUUUCACUGAGAUUGAGAUAAUAACUGCUCAUUCACUUGAAUCCUGGGAUGGAGGAGUUUUGGUGACAGUGUCAGGUUUCGUGCAAGCAAAAGAUUUCAUUUUCAGAAGGAAAUUUGUAGAGACUUUCUUUCUUGCUCCGCAAGAGAAGGGAUAUUUUGUUCUUAAUGAUAUUUUUCUCCUCGAAGAGGAGCAAGUUCAUCAACACCCAGCAGCCAUGAUGACACCUACCGAUUAUGAAACAAAAUUAGAUGCAUUGAAUUAUGAUACACAAUUUGAUCCAUCGAAUCAGUUACAAGAUCCAGUGUCUAGCUAUAUGCUUGCAGAAGAUAUCCCGGCAAGAGAUUUCAUCUCUCCACCUUUACCUGCUGAUGAAAAUAGUCAACUUGACAAUUACAGUGUUCCUGGACAACCGAAUCAAACUUCAGAUCGUGAUCUAACAACUGAUGAAACACCUGUAGAACUGACUGGUGGUUCAGUUUCGAGUGUUCAAAACAUUUUGCGAGAAAUGCCCGUUCAUGAGGAGGAGCCUGCAGGGGAACAGCCAAAGCAUACAUAUGCAUCCAUUUUGCGGACUGCAAAAGCUCAAGUUGUACCACAAUUCACAUCUAUGAAUAAGACGGCUCCUGUAUUGCCAGAGUGGCAUCACGCACAGCAGUCAACUCAGCAACAGGCUCAAUCCACCAUUUUUUCAUUGCCUGAGAAGUCCAGCAGAGACUUGUCGGAUGAAGCAUCUGCCUUCGAAGAUGAAGGUGAAUCAAAAUCUGUAUACGUUGGAAAUCUUCCUGCAAGCAUAUCUACUUCUGACCUUGAGCAAGAGUUCAGGAACUUUGGUAGAAUCAAACCUGACGGUGUUACUAUCAGAAGCCGGAAGGAGGCUGGUGUUUUUUAUGCCUUCAUAGAAUUUGAAGAUGCUGUUGGCGUUCAGAAUGCAUUGAUGGCUACUCCAGUGCUGCUGAAUGGCAGGAUCAUUCAUGUAGAGGGCAGGAGACCUAACAGUGGUGCUUCACGAGGCGGAAGAAGGGGUAGAGGAAGGGGAGGCUACCCUACAGAGGCCUCAAGGGGUCGGUUUGGUGGCCGAUCAUUUGGCAGCAGGGGCAGUGGCCUAGACAAUGACAGAGAAUAUAGUAAUCGGCCAAGAGCCAAUGGGUAUAUCCAACGACUGCCACGCCAAGAAAGAGGCAUAUUGGGAAGUACUUCCCCAACAACAAUGGCAGUCAAUCCUAAGCUUUAGCUUCUUCAGAUCUUCACUUAAAUGGCUAAAUGGCACAGCUGCUGCUGACAAUCAUGUAGCCCAGGCAUCAAGGAGGCUACUAGCAUUCAGGCUUCAUUUGGGAUGGCUUUCAUUCUGCUUCUUAAAAUAGAUUUCUAGUACAAAAUUUAAAAAAUUGGUACUAAAAAGCUGCUUUAAGAAGCAGAAAGAAAAUCGUCCCAAACGAAGCCUCAGUAUCUCCACCGACGUUUUGGGCCUUGUUUUGGUUGGUUAUUUUUUCUACAAUUAUUUCCUCCAUGCUGCUGGUUGUAUUUUUCAUCUAUAUCUAAGACAGAGUUGUCGGUUUGAGUUCUGAUCGUUUGUAAUUGUGCGGUUCUGAGCCAUUUUUCUUUCUUUUGUUCAUCUUUACCAUUUUGAUUAUUGUGGUAGCAGCUGCUGCCCAGUGUUAAAGAAUGUUUUUUUUCUUAAAUUAUCUACAGUGAAUGAAUGAUAAUAUAUUUAAAUCGCCAGUAAGUCAUUCGUUGUUUUCUCUUUAA